CUUUGUCGCCCCAUUGGAGCCGCCGCCCCGGACCACCCGCUCGUCCUCCUCCAGCGAGGGGAGGUGGAUGCGGGGCCUUCCUGAUACAAAGUCAGUCAUCCUCUUUGGGUACAGGGGGAGUCGACGGGGACACGGGAGGGAAAGGAGAAGGAGCGAGAGUUCAAGUUGAAGUUGAAGUUCGAAAGUUCAUCAGAACCACGCGCCUGGGGUCGACUUCGGCUUCACUCGGACCGGUUUGCCAGGUUUGCACAGCGCCGUUGAGCUGCGGAGAUUGUCGUUCACCCGAAUAGAAGAAUACAAAAGCACAAUGGUCGUCGGGAACGUCGUCACCAAGGGAAUGCGGGUGGUCUCAGUCCUGCCUUCGGCGACCGAAAUGCUAUGCUUGAUAGGAGGGGAGAAGCUGCUAGUCGGAAGGAGUCAUGAGGACAACUACCCAAUCAGCAUCACCGACCGACCGAUCCUGACAGGUCAAAAGACCACUUUUACAACUUCCGCGGACGUGGAUCGGCAGGUCUCCGAGGCUCUUGCGCAAGGGCAGAGUCUCUAUACAUUGGACACGACUCUUCUGGAGAAGCUGCAACCGCAAGUGAUUCUUACUCAGGAUCUUUGUAAUGUCUGUGCCAUUGAUCUCGUCACGGUCCAGCGAGUGGCACAAAAGAUGAACCCCUCUCCAGAAGUUGUGACACUGAACCCAAUGAGCCUGCAAGACAUUUUGCACAACAUCGCAGAAGUUGGGCGGGCAGUCAACAUGGAAGCCGAGGCGGCCGAGACGAUCAAGAACCUGGAGAAGAGGAUCGCCGAAGCAAAGACCCGCGGGGCGGCGCUCUUGGAAGCAUCGGGCGGCAGGCGCAAACGAGUUGCAUUCUUGGAAUGGACGGAUCCUAUCUACCCAGGCGGUCACUGGACGCCACAACUGAUCGAGAUGGCCGGGGCAAGCCACCCGAUUGCGCCAGCGACCUCCGAGGAAGGCGCUGGUCCGUCAGUGCGCACCCGCGCUCAAGCUGUCAUCGACAGUAAACCCGAGAUCAUCAUCAUAUGCCCAUGUGGGCUCAACUUGGAGGAUGCCAAGCGGGAAGCCAGGCUGGCGAUGAAGUUGGAUUGGUGGAAGGAUGCGACGGCUCACUGCGAGAAGAUUGCUGUUGUUGAUGGGGAUGCUAUGUUCAAUCGCCCCGGGCCGCGAUUGGUGGACGCUUUGGAGUGGCUGGUAGGCUUCAUUCACGAUAAACCGGAAUAUAUUCCUCAAGGCUUCCCAUGGGAAUUUUGGACAGAGACGGAGAACAAAUAG